AUGAGAAGAAAUGAGAAAGAGCAAUUGGGCGGAGAUUGGAAAAAAGGGAUGAAGGAAAAUGGAUGGUGUAGAAAAAGGGAAGAAUCCCAUAAAAUGAGUGAAGAUCAAUAUUACUACCACGAUUCGAGGUAUUUGGAAGCCUCUUCUCCUACAAAUAGACAUGACGACAAUCGAGAGAGCUCCACAUCCGGUUACCAUUCCAGCCCCCGUCCGCCACGAACAGUUCCUCGUGACGAAUCUCCAAUUCCGGAUACUGAACCAAUAUCUGUAUCCGAAUUCUCAGAUGCACACGGAGUUCCUCUUUUCCGAACUCCUCCACCGAAACGACGAGCUCAAAAAGAGCAGAAAACGAAUGAUGACGAUGAUGAUGAUAAACAGUCUUACGUGUAG